AUGUAUCCAGAGCACCACAAUGGCUGGUCAUCUCUGGAAGAGAAGUAUGAGGUGAUGAAGGAGAUUGGUGACGGCAGUUUUGGCAGCGUUGCACUUGCUCGCGUUCGAACAGCUGGCGCACAUGUAGCUCGACGGGGAACUCUCGUCGCGAUCAAAACGAUGAAGAAGACAUUUGAUUCAUUUUCCUCGUGUCUGGAGCUCCGCGAAGUCAUCUUCCUUCGAUCACUUCCCCCUCACCCUCAUCUAGUUCCUGCCCUCGACAUCUUCCUGGACCCUUACAGCCGGCGUCUUCACAUUGCCAUGGAGUACAUGGACGGAAACUUGUACCAGCUCAUGAAGGCGCGCGACCACAAACCAUUGGAUGCCCACAGCGUGAAGAGCAUCCUCUUCCAGAUCAUGGCUGGCUUGGAACACAUCCACCACCGCGAAUUCUUCCAUCGUGACAUCAAGCCAGAGAACAUUUUGGUUUCUACAUCACAACAGAACGACUCUUCACAUCCUUUCCGACGCUACUCGGCUUUGAUGACCCCUCCUUCAACACCUCCUGCUUACUCCAUCAAGAUCGCGGAUUUCGGUCUUGCAAGGGAGACACAUUCUAAGCUGCCUUACACCACAUACGUCUCCACUCGAUGGUACCGUGCACCCGAAGUAUUGCUUCGCGCUGGUGAGUACUCGGCACCCGUCGAUAUCUGGGCCGUGGGCGCAAUGGCAGUUGAGAUCGCAACUUUGAAGCCCUUGUUCCCAGGCGGAAAUGAGGUGGAUCAGGUCUGGAGGGUUUGCGAGAUCAUGGGAAGUCCCGGUGCCUGGGUCAACAAGUACGGCAACCGCGUCGGUGGAGGUGAAUGGAAAGAUGGCGUUAGAUUAGCCCAGAAGUUGGGCUUUUCCUUCCCAAAGAUGGCUCCUCACUCGAUGGAUACCAUCCUCCAGUCCCCACAAUGGCCUGCCAGCUUGGCCAACUUUGUCACCUGGUGUCUGAUGUGGGAUCCUCGCAACAGGCCCACGUCAACCCAGGCCCUCGCCCACGAGUUUUUCCAGGAUGCUUUCGAUCCCAUUCGCCUGAAGUCCUCUUCAUCCAAACUUUUGGGCCGAAAGCAGUCGGAUCUCUCCGGUAAGGACUCUCCUGAUGCUUCGCCAAGCCUCACCUCCAAGACCUCCUCAUGGCUACGACGUUCUUUGGUCGCUCGCGAAAGCGCCCCAGCCGUUCCUCAGCACCAGCCGGUUCAAACCAUCUCUCCCAGGCCUUCGCCUGCCCACUCAAACACCAUCGAUGUUGUUCCAACCAAAGCUCGACCCAAUGCGACUAAGCGAGCUACGUGGACGAAUGGCGUACCUGCAAACGGGGCGCCUAUUCCCAUUUUGCCCUCGAUAAAGCCUAUAUCUCCCCUCUCUGAUGCAGUCACAGCACAAGCCAGUGCACGUCCUGCAGAAGAAGAAAAGGCUGCUAAGAAGAUUGGUCGGCAGUUGUCUGUCGCCUCGCACGGAAACCACUACGCCGACAUCCAUCGCCAGGAGGCCGAAAGGGCACUGAAUGGCCAGACCGGUCUCGUAUCACCACCAAGUGGACAGAAGGAAGGAUUCUUCUCACACCUUAGGAAGCGUGCGCGCCGCCUAUCCGGUCGUUACCAGACGCCCAUGUCGCCUAACUCAGAUGACAUUGAAGCCAAUGCGGGUUGUGCCCCAUGGGCAACCAGCAACCGAAGCACGAUGAUGAUCGACCAGCCCCUUGCUGCCGCGCCUUCGACUACCUCUGAUUUCUCCGAUCUCGACAAAGCUCUGCAUCAAGUCAGGUGUAGUCUUGAAGGACCUCCUCAGCCUGUCAAUACGUCCAAGAACGUUCGUGCAACAAAUGCCUCCAUGCUGAAGCGACACAACUCCGUACCCCACGGUAAUGAGGGCCGUGUUGAAGGACAGCCGGGCGUGGGGCCUAUCUCGAGCAGAACCCGCCGCGCCGUCCAGUCCAAGUCGAACCCAUCCAACCGAUACGAGACCCCCAACGAGGAAGAAGAACUCCUGAGCGAGGUUCUUGUGUCUGCCCAGAAGGCCGUCAAGAAGUUGGAUAGGAAUGCACAAGCCGGAGCUGAGUACCGAAAACAGCCAGCGCAGCCAUCUCGACCUGACCUCGGAGCUGCUGCUUCCUACCUCACCCCUUCGCCUUCCGCAAACCGUAACGGCGUCAAGUUUGGCCAGAAUGACUAUGUGACACCAACGAAGCCGCUCGCGAUAUCGAAGAAUCCACCACCGAAGGAGGGCGUCUCCAAAUGGCCGACACCACCUUACGAUGAGAGCGAUUGGGCUUCGAGCGUGGCCGCCAGUUUGAUGGCCACUCAGGCUCAUUACCGGUAG